AUGUUAGAGUAUAGUAACGCGUCAUCUAUAGGCAAUAAUCCGGCUGGGUGGAAUAUGAUAAGUGAUCCGUUUGAAGAUAGAUUUCCUAAUAAAGUUCCAGAAUUUCUUGGCAAUCCUGGUCCAAACCCAGCGGUCUUCCCACAUGAAGAUCUAUCGUUUACAAGGUCUGUAGAUAUGUUUUUAUCUGAGGAAACGUUUAAUUUUUUUGUGCGAUGCACAAAUUCGAGAGCCGACAUUCCUGACAAUAAAUCAAGUCAAAGCGUUCUAGAUUUGGUAUCAAAAUUUUUGUUCUCUGUACUUCUGACGGGUAUAUGUACAGAUUUGAAAUUUAUAUGGGACAAAGACAACAAAAAUUUGCUCUUCAGAAUGCCAAUGCCCAAGAUCUGUCACUAUCAGAAAGAAUAG